GGGGUAAAGCGGCUUGCGCGGAUUGAUACUGCUACAGGGAACAAUGUAUAGAACUACUUUUUGGCUAUGGUGGCUGAUGGUGGCACGUUAGUGGCAGGACGACAGUAACGGUGAAAUUGGCUAUCGGCUCGAGGGAAAAAUGACUCAAUACCUCCCUCCAAACCUCCUGGCGCUGUUCGCGCCGCGAGAACCCAUUCCUUACCUGCCUCCAACGGAUAAAUUACCGCACGAAAAGACCCCUGGCACCUACACCGGCGUGGGAAAAUACUUGAGCCUAUUUGAGGAUCCCAAGGAUACACCACCACCAACGCGGGUAGAAACUCGAGAAGAACGUGUUGAACGCAAAAGACGAGAAAAAGCAGAGCAAGUAGCCUACAAGUUAGAGCAAGAUAUUGCCUUAUGGGAACCCCACAACAAUGCUGCGGGAACUGUCGACCCAUUCAAGACCCUCUUUGUGGCCCGGGUGAACUACGACACGUCGGAGUCCAAGUUGAGGAGGGAGUUUGAGGUCUUUGGCAGCAUCAAGAAGAUUGUGAUCGUGCACAACAAGAUCACCGGGAAGCCUCGGGGUUAUGCCUUCGUCGAGUAUGAGCAUGAACGCGACAUGCACUCCGCCUACAAGCACGCCGACGGCAAGAAGAUUGACGGGCGCCGGGUGCUGGUGGACGUUGAGCGGGGACGCACGGUCAAGGGCUGGCUGCCCCGGCGCCUGGGAGGCGGCCUGGGCGGCACCCGGCGUGGGGGGCCAGACGUGAACACAAAGCACUCCGGCCGAGAGGACUCCCGCCUGGACGACCGCUACAUGGACCGGGACGGUCGUGACCGGGACGAGCGGAUGCCGCGCGGCGAGCGGCCGGAGCGGGAGAGACGACGCAGCCGCAGCAGGGAAAGGGACCGGGACCGGGGAGACCGCGGGGACCGCAGGAGACGCAGCAGCAAAGACCGGAAGCGGGAACGGCGGAGGGACCGCCCGGAGCGUGACCGCUCGGACCGGCCCGAGCGCUCUGAGCGGCCGGAACGUGGCGACCGGGACCGCACGGAUCGCGGUGACCGGUCGGAGCGCCCGGACGACGUGGCGGGUGGCGACGAGGCCCCGCGGGAGAAGCGGCGUCGUAGCCGCAGCCGGGACCGGGCCAAGCGCAAGCGGAGCCGCAGCCGCAGCCGCGAACACAAGAGGCGGGAGCGCCGCUCGGACCGCAACGGGGCGGAGCGUGGCCCCGACGGGAUCAAGACGGAGCCCACGGAUCAGGACGGAUUCGGAGACAGGGACAGUCGCACUGAGAACUACGACUCGGCCGGGGCAGGGGACUUCGGCGGCGGCGGCUACAACAGCGAGAGCCAGGGGUCCUACCCCAAAAUCGAGAGGGGAGAGGAGUACAACUGACAGAGACGUGCGUCUGCCCUCUGGCUCGAUCCUCCCGUCGAUGCCAGAGCUGGCAACAUCGUUCCGAGACUGUACCGUGAAAGAAGAGUCAAACUGUCGGAAUGGCUCGCGAAACAGGACUGCUUUUGUCACCCGGGUCUUUUUUUUUUUAUUUAAGGGGUGCGGGGAGGCUAGGGUAGGGAAAUGAAUGGAAUUUCUGGUAUGUAUUAGAAUUGGACGAAAGGGAAGGUACGGAAUGACCCCUAGCAGUCUUUCCGAUUCGUGGGGUGGCGGUAAGUUGUGCUGACCUCCAGCCUCUUAGAGGUAAGUUGGUUUUCGAUGAAGACAGGACCCGACAAUGCCUCUUUGUUUUGUUUUUUUAACUUUCAACCUUCAUUUGGUUCAUACGCAUCCUCAUCAAUUUUUUCGAGAGGCCCAAAUAAACCAGCUCAUUGAUUAUGA